CUUGAUUUGGAACAGAACCUGACAAGUUCUGAACGGCAAUUGAUCCACAGAGAAUACGUGGCAUAUCUGAGGGUACUGAUUAAGAACCAGGAUCUUCCACAAUUCGCUCGGGAACAUGCAAAAAAAUUAAAAAAGGAAUUAUCAUCCAAGGAAAUUGCAUCGUUCUGGGACUUAAUAUUAGAGCGUGAGAAACUUCAUGCUACCGCAGAACAUGAUUACACGCUACUACAACAAGUUCGAACAAAACAUGUCUCAAUAGGUACUGCUGACGUUGUUAGAGUACAACAAAAUAACGAAGAAGGAAAUCAAUCAAAUGUGAGAAUUCUUCGAAAAAGAAAGCAUGCUGAAUUUGAUUCUUCAGACUCAACAUUAGAAUCUUAUACAGAUUUAGAAUAUUCGGAAAACAAUAAGAUUAAGAAGCAAGUUACAAAUAUCAAUAAUGAGACCAUCAGAAAAAGUAUAAUUGCGAUUGAUGAAUCAAUUGAGGAAUCCGAUGAAAUUAAAGAAUCCAACGAAAUUGAGGAAUUUAUCAGUGAUGGUUAUAAAACACCUCCUACCGGACCACGAAAUAAAAUUGUGAUGACCACUCCACAAAAACCGUCCCUUUUCGCAAAUUCUGUAGAAUAUCUGGACAAUCACUUUUCAGUAAAUAUUAACCAGCAGUAUGUUAUAAUGAAAGAAAAAAAAGUUGAUCCGAUUCCAGAAUUAGUUCAUGAUUGGAUUAUAAACGCACUAUCAUCCGAAAAGGAUGUAUUCGAAAGUUCUAUCAUGACUUCAUUGACUCCUGACCAUAAAUUCCGAAAAAUCUGUGAAAUAAUUCUCUAUGACUUCGAAAAUCCAUUAAACCGCUAUAUUGGGGAACGAAAGUACACAGUGGAAAGGAUCGUACCAUUAUUCAAGGCAAUGCAGUCUGUUUAUAAAGAAUUCGCAUUUGACUGGAUCGAGGUGCAACUUAAUUGUAUCAAAGAUAUGAAACAAUUAUUUCCUCAAUUUGAUAUGACGAUCAAUAAAGCAGAUGGUGUCUGCACGAAAGUUUCAAGUGAUAAAGAAGUUGUUUUUAUAGAAGUAGCGGGAGGUCCAGAGGUUACUUGUGCAGUAACAAAGCAUGCAAGAGAAGAUACUGAGAAGCUAAUCAAGGAAGCAAUGUUUGGGCUUGUAUCUCUUUUGAGAGAUUAUUUAGACAAAAAUGUGGAGAAUUCAAUGAAUAUAUGCACAUAUAUGAUACAAGUCAUUGGUGAUCGAAUAACUCUAAGUGAACUUUGUCUCAAUAAGAAGCACUCUUAUAUGAUUUCGCAAAUUAAGUCGGCUAUAUUGCCAUUUUCAAUUGACGAGAUAGAAAAGUUCUUGGAGGUCUUCGAAUUACUUUAUGCUCUGAUUAAUAGGCUUGACGACCAAAAAAAAAGGCUAAAGAAGUUGAUGCUUUCCGAUAUUACUGAAGGAGUACCAACGGUUAGAGAUUGGAUCUGGGUUCCGAAUUCAAUUGCAGAAUGGGAAGUUAUAAAUAAAAACAUCUGA